AUGACGAGAACUCCUUGCUGUGAGAGGAUGGGGUUGAAGAAGGGACCUUGGACCACUGAAGAAGAUCAGAUAUUAAUUUCUCAUAUUCAACGAUAUGGCCAUGGAAAUUGGCGUGCGCUUCCUAAACAAGCUGGUUUGCUAAGGUGUGGCAAGAGUUGUAGGCUUCGUUGGAUUAAUUACUUGAGGCCAGAUAUUAAACGAGGGAAAUUCAGCAAGGAAGAAGAACAUACCAUCCUAAAGCUACAUGAAAUUCUUGGAAAUAGAUGGUCUGCUAUAGCUGCAAGAUUACCCGGACGAACAGACAACGAAAUAAAGAAUUUUUGGCAUACCCAUUUGAAGAAGAGGAUUGAGAAAAGUGGAGUGUACAAUGCCAAUAAUUCCUCAAAUAUUUUGCAAAAGGCACAAGCAAAUGGUUCUGGGGCUCUAAUGACAAUGCCCCGUGUAACAGCGGAUUCAUCAAGUGCUGCUUCUAGUUCUAGUGUCACCGAAAACGUAGUGAUUGCAAACUAUGAUUUAUCUUCAAGGAAAAAUCCACCUAUUGUAGGUACGGGAUUCUACACUGCAGUCUCUUCAGGAGAAACCAUGGAUAAUAAUCAUGGUUCUAGUCACAUUAGUGAAGAAAUGGAAUUUUGGUACAAUGUAUUCAUCAAAUCAGGGCAACCAUCAUGA